AUGGAUAAACUGUCAACUUCCCCCAAGUCCACGCCUCGGUUCGAGAGUCAGCUCACGGCCCACCUCAAGCCCUUCGCCUCGGGCGAGGUCCGCCCGCGCCUGUCGGCCAAGGAGUGGCACCAGGUUCACGACGAGGAACUCGAAAGCGUGAGCCUCGAGUACACCGGCAUUCACAUCCACAACAUCAUUCGCAACCCCAGUGUGCCGAAGCUCUACGAGCUGGCCCUCAAGCACGAAAGCGGCACGGCGGUGACCUCGACCGGCGCCCUCGUGUGUAAGUCCGGCAAGCACACCGGCCGCUGCCCGCAGGACAAGCGCAUCGUCAAGGAGCCCACGUCGGAGAAGGACGUCUGGUGGGGUCCCAUCAACUUCCCUCUCAGCGACCACUCGUUCAUGAUCAACCGUGAGCGCGCCAUCGAUUACCUGAACACGAGGGAGCGCCUCUACGUGGUCGACGGCUACGUGGGCUGGGUGCCCGAGCACCAGCUCAAGGUGCGCGUCAUCUGCGCGCGUGCCUACCACGCCCUGUUCAUCAGCAACAUGAUGGUGCGCCCGACCGACGAGCAGCUGCUCGACUUCGGCGAGCCCGACUUCAUCAUCUACAACGCCGGCCAGUUCCCUGCCAACCGAUACACAGACACUACCAAGCAGCGCAAGUCGCCAUCGCUGGCGGCCGACAUUGCGGUCAUGCGCGAGCGAGAGGGCAAGCGCGAGCUGCUGAUGAUCAAGCGAGGCGGCCGCACCUUCCACGGCUGCCUCGCCUUCCCGGGCGGGUUCGUGGAGUACGGGGAGGAGCCCAAGCACGCCGCCCUCCGCGAACUGCAAGAGGAAACGUCCCUCGUCGGCACCGACCCGCAGCUCGUCGGCGUUUACGGCGACCCCGCUCGUGAUAUCCUCUCACCUCUUCCCCGCGUUGAUUUCUCGACCAUGAAGGCGGGUGAUGAUGCAGCUCACGCCGACUUCUACGAUGUGGAGGAGCUCAAGGGCCAAACCGACAAGAUGGCCUUCGACCACGCCUUGCUGCUCCACGACCUUCUUGAGUUCGUCAAGAAGCACAACAUCGACAUCCCACGAGCAUAG